AUGAACGAGCUGAGGGAAGAAAAUUACAAGAGCGGGUCGAAGGCUAAAUACCCUCAUUCGCUAAUGAUGGACAUGUCGAGGUCUUAUAUGAACAGACAAGACAGAAUAAAUGCUCUAAAUUUGUACAUUCAAAAAUCUUCUUACAAUCCUCAGUUUUUACAAGACGAUGAAGAGGAAGAAGAUGAAAGCGAAAGUGAAACAUUAUGGGAUAUUAUAUUAAGAAUAUUGUCGAUAAUAUUUCCUGAUUUAUCUCCAGGGUUAUGGUUUAUCAUUCACUUUACAAUGAAUUUAGUAGUUUUAUGUGUAAGUUUAAGUUCUUUAUCUGAGCCUAAUUUACAUGACCCAGUACAUGAACCUAAAUAUAAUAGAAGCUUUAUAUAUGGUAGCAUAUAUUGCUGCUUCUUAAUUUUGGGUAUUAAUAUGGUAUCGUUUACAAUAAUAAUGAUUAUUCAUGCAAUUAUACAGAAAUUAUUUUUAGAAAGAUUGCUGCAACCAAGUGCUUUAUGUGCUGCAUUUUACAAUACAGUAGAUCCAGAAUUAGUUUAUUUAUUAUGGUCAUCUGUUCAAAUUAUAUAUUGGAGAAGUAAUAUGAUAUUAAAAAAAGGGGAACAAGAAAAUGGAGAUUAUUACGUUUUACGAAUUUUUGGAUAUAAAGAUAAAGAUAAUCCUCUCAUGUUUUUAAAAAGUAUAAAUUGGUUAAUAUCAUUUCCUAUAUUGUUAUACAUUGUUUUUGCUGCCCGAUUACUUCUAUUAUCCAUAAUAUCAUUUGUAUUUGAAUUAGGUUUUUUAAUGAAUGCUCAUGAUUUGUUAGGAAAAUAUUUAUCACAAUAUGGAAUUCUUCGAAAAUUUAACAUAGAAUGGUUUAUGUUUGUUGCAGAUAAGCAAGAAAAUAUAAGAUCGUUAUUUGGCUAUGAAUUAUAUCAAGAUGAGAAAAUGAUUAGACAGCUUGAAACUAAUGAUAUAAGUAAGAAAAUUAUUCAAGAUAAAGCUGAGUUGUUAUUAUUUAAAAAUUUACCUCGAAAUUGUACUUGUUGUAAAAUUACUUUAAAUAGAAAUAAAAAAAGAAAUGCUAUGAAAUUAUUAGUUCCUCCUAUAUUUGAAUCCAAAAAUAUUGUUAAGACAGAAACGUCCACUAUUAAAAAUUGGCUAGCUUGUCAUUAUGUUGUUAACACUCCUCCUCUCAUCUUUCUUCUAAAUAAUAGUAUUCCUUUGAUAAAUAAAAAUUCUAUAAAAAUUGGAGGAGAUAUUCUAUUCAGACAAAUUAUUAUGUCUCUAAAAAUGUAUUAUCAAGAGAAAAAUGAUACAUAUGCUUUUACUGGUUCAGCUAUGCAUAAUAUCUCUUCUGAUGAUUUUUCUCAUAAUAAAAAUUUGCAGACCUUAAAUUUGAAUAGAGAUUCCAAUUUACGUAACUUGCAAGAGACCUUUCCAAAUCCCCAUAAAAACCCAGCCUACAACUCAGACUCAGAAUCUAGAGCAAAAAAAAAAAUCAACUUGGAAAAUAUUUUCAAUGACAUUGAUUUGGAUGCAAUUCGAUCGGAAGCGGCUGAGGAAAAAAAGGUUAAGGAGAGAGAUAAGUUGGGUAAGAGGAGAGAAGAGAAUGAAGUGAAUCUUUUGAAUAGGCCAAGGAGCCGAGACAAGAAUGGGUACAAUAUUAAAAAGGACUCUAAAAAUGAGAAUGUCUCCUCUGGGGGAGAGGUACCCAGGAGAGAAGUGGUCGAUGGAGAAGUGGCGAAGAGAGAUGUGACGGACAGAACGCAUGAUAGACAAUUGAGAACAGAGGAAGCAAUGAGAAAAAGUGAAACAAAACAGAGAGAAAUAAAAAAUACACAAUCAAGUAUAACUGACAAGGUUACAGAAAUAGUGGGAGAGAAAGGCGAUAACGGUGCAGUUACAAUAUUUAGGAAAAAGAAUGAAAAGAAAAAAUCAUCCAUAGUUGGAGAUAUGAAAGGUAGAGAUCCUAAUGGUAUGACAAGUAUCAGAGAUACAAAGAAAAUGGAGGAGAAGACGAAGGAGAAGAAAAAGAGAGGAAAAACGAAUGUUCAUGAUCUGUCUGCCUCCCCUAUACAGGGUGGUGAUCCCAAUGGUUUUACUCCUACUCCUGGUCUCGGUCUCCAUCAAAUCCGUGAUCCUAAAAUGGUCGACAUUGAGGCAAAACGGAAUACUACACAAUAUGAUGAAUAUGAAGAAAAUGGAAAUGAAUCUAGAAAAAAGGAAAUACACUCUAAUCAGAGGAAACAAAAAAGAAAUAAUGAAAUUGGAAUGAAGGAGACAAACCUGAAGGAGGAACGAGAUAGGAACGGCGCGAAUGCAAAUGUGGUUAUAAAAGAAACCUCUAUUUUGGAAGACACAAAAUUUAACAUAUUUAUUACCCCAUCAGUGUCUGGAAUAAAAGAAGUUGCAAUUAAAAAGAAGGAAGGAAUGGAAGAGAUAAAAGAAAAUGGGAAUGCAAAUAGGGAAGGACAUGCGAAUGAUAUACUGUAUGACGAUAACCCUUUGAAAGACACAGAAGAAAGGACAUUUUUUCCUCCUUUGGAAAAUUACAACAGCAUGAAGGUUCAAAUAAAAGAUUUAACAAUAGAAGAAGUUUUGAAGAAAAAGUACAGUGUAGAUUCUGUGCAUAAGAAGGAAAUGAAGGAUUCUACCUCAAAUGAAGAAGAAAUGAUUGAAAAUAAUAUAGAUAAAGAAGUAAUGUAUUACGACAUUGAAAUGGGUAAAACAGAGAAGUUGUUGAAAAAAGAAGAAAAUAACUUUGGAACUUCAUUGAAGAAUAUAGGGGAGAAUGGAAACACAUUAAAUAUGUCAAGUGAAGAAAGUAACAUAGAAUCACAUAUGAAAGAGAUUAAUUCAUCAUAUCAAAUAUUUGGUGAUAGAAAAAAGAAAACAAAUAAGAAAGCAAAGGAUUCUGGAAAAUUUAGUAAGAAAAUAAAAAAUAACAUAUCUGGAAUGAGAAAGACGUAUUAUUACCAUUCUCAUUUAUUGAAUGAAGAAAAUAACAUAUUAGAAAGAAGUGAUGCAAUGAAUGUAAAAAGACUGAAGGAAAAUAAGAAAGUAAAAUUAAGCAAAUGUUUUUGUUUUAAAAAGAAUAAAAAAGGAAGAUUCAGCAAAAUAAAAAAAGACAUGUCACUAGAAAUAGAUGAUUUAUUUGUUAUGAAUGUACGAAGUCCUAUCCAGAUGAGUAUAAAUGGAAAUGAAUUUAUUACAAAAGAGAUGAUUGAGGUUUUUUUAAAACCAGAAGAAACAGAAGAAUUUAUGAAAGAAUUUGACCUAUCUGGACACGGGAAAAUUGAUAUGAUUAUGUUUCGAAAUGCAAUCAAGAGAGCAAUAUCAUGCAGAAAGAAAUUUAUAAAAAGUUUAAAAGGACAAGAAAGUAUUUUAAAAUUAGUAAGAAGACUAAUGUCCAUUCUUUUGUCAUUUCUAGCAACAGUUGUUUUGUUAUUCAUAUUUGGUGUCUCUGUCGACACUAUUAUUGUAACAGGAGCAGCAUUUAUAACAGCUGUAACUGUAAUAUUAAGUUAUAUGUAUACAAAUUUUAUCACAUCUGUUAUUUUCAUUGCUUUUUCAAACCCAUAUAAUAUCGGGGAUAGAGUAAGACUAGAUGGAGGGGAAGCCAUGUAUAUUAAAAAAAUUAAAACAUACACAACUGAAUUUGAAACUACUACUGGCAAAAUUGUAAUUUAUGAAAAUUCUAAGUUAAGUAACGUUAAAAUUUAUAAUGAAAGUCGAUCCAAAAAUGCAUACAUAGAUAUAUCCUUCAAGGUAGAUAUUAAUACGCCCCUACUAGCCCUUAAGGAAUUGAGAAAAAGUUUACAAUUUCUAGUUGAUAAUAGACCUAGUGAUUUUUGUAAAACAAAAAAUUUAUAUUUUGGUUGUUCCCUCCAACCAGGUCAUUUUUAUGAAAUUAGUUUCUGGAUUAAAUGUGUUGAAGGAUGGGGAAAUUGGAGAAAAGUUUUCGAACUAAGAACAGAUGUGUAUGAUUUUAUUAUUUUACAACUACGACUGUUAAGUAUAUCCUACCGAUUGCCAACUCAAAAGGUUGGAUUUACUGCACCCCUUAACAUUAUGGAUACUAGUAAUUUAAAACUGAAUAGAAAUAAUAAGCCUCAUGAUUAUUCCUAUCCACCAAAGGACGGUAGGAACCCUUUGUUUAUGCAUUCUGCAAAGCAUAAGAGGGAGUUAGAUCCCAUGUACUAUGGUAACAGCUAUUCAGAUGUGAACCAAUCUGAUGAAAAGCAGCGUGGUAACGGCCAUUCAGAUGUGAACCAAUCUGAUGAAGAGUACCCGGGUGUGCCGGGGAAUGCAGUGCAGAGAAAGCAUAUGGAAAACCUUUUACAAAAAAAUCAUGACAGUUUAUCCAUUUAUAGGAUCAAGAAAAAUUGCUCAUUUGUUAAGGGUCCUACGAAUGAUUUUUGUUCUGCUAAUAGGUUUGGCCAUUCUCAAAUACAAAGAAGGAAAAACAGUAAUAAAAUGAGAUACAAAAUUGAGUAUAGAAAUAACAGAGAAGCAUUUCACGAACAUAACUCUACAUUAUCAACAAGACUUCAAUUACCCAGAGGUAGAAAUAUAAUUGAAGAUAAUUUCUUUCUUUAUAGAGAUAAUUAUCAUCCUGAUGCAGUGAAUGGUUCUGCCAGAGGGGUUGAUGCUUUUGGUGUGGAUUCGUCAAAUGCACCCUUUUCGAUGAAUUCGAAGAUGGUGAAUCGUGAGAUGGCUAUGAAUUAUUCCCCCAAUUCGCUUGAUAAAGAAAUGGAUAAUUAUGAAAAUGUGAACCACUAUGAAUGCAUGAAUAAUUAUAAUGACUUGAAUAAUUAUGAAAAUGUGAACCGUUAUAAAUGCAUGAAUAAUUAUGAAGAAAUGCAUAAUUGUCAAAAGCUCCCACUUGAAGAUGUUAAUAGAAUGCAUAUCCAGACUAAGAAUAACUUCAUGUAUGAACAUUAUGGAAGGGAAUGUUUCAAUGAUAUGGUUAACUCGUACAACAUUUUCCACAAUCCUGAACAAUCAAAUGAAAUGAAAUAUAGCGAUGAAGAUGAAUUAUCAUAUGGAAGUUCAUCUGGUUAUGACAGCUUUGAGUAUGUCAAGCAUUUUACCAAACUUCACAAUGGAGUGCGAAAAUUAACAACUAUAAAAAAUGGAAGGAAUGGUGUAAGCAAUAUUGUUCAUAGUAAGAAGAACAAAUAA